AUGGUAUCGAUUUCCAAACUACUUAACAAUGGCUUAAUUUUAGCCGGUCAAUCUAUUUAUCAAAGUGUUGCGACUCCCCAACAGGCUUCGGUUGAACAAUACGAUAUUCUCCGGUACCUAGGCGGAAAGGCCCCAUAUAUUCAACACCCAGGGUUCGGUAUUCCAACUGAUGUCCCAGAUCAAUGUACAAUAGAACAGGUUCAACUUUUGUCAAGACAUGGAGAGCGUUAUCCAUCCAAAAAUGUCGGUAAAGCUUUAGAAAAAAUCAACGAAAAGUUCAAAGGUUACAAUGGUACUUUUAAAGGUGAAUUAUCGUUUUUGAACGAUUACACUUAUUUUGUGGAGGAUAAAGAUAAUUAUGAAAAAGAGACGACGCCCUCAAAUUCAGAGGGACCAUUCAGCGGUGCUGAUAAUGCAUUGAGACAUGGAACCACGUUUAGAAGUAAAUACAACGAGAUAUAUAAUCCUGAUAAACCAUUACCAGUUUUCGCUGCUAAUUACGAUAGAGUUGCUUUGACUGCACAAUAUUUUGCAAGAGGUUUCUUAGGGCAAGACUAUGAUGAAAGCAAUGUUGAAUAUGUGUUAAUAGAUGAGGAUGGUGAAUUGGGUGCUAAUUCGUUAACCCCUAGAUAUGGAUGCAAAAAAUUUGAAUCUGAUCCCCACACUGAUUAUGUUGAUGGAUUUUCUGAUCAAUACUUGAAAGAUGCAUUAACUAGAUUUCAAAAAUCGAAUCCUAAUUUAGACUUGGAUACGGAUGAUGUAAACAGCUUAUUUGACUGGUGUGCAUAUGAACUUAAUGUCAAGGGCUAUUCUCCAUUUUGCAAUUUGUUCUCCAAUACUGAAUUUAUUAAGAAUUCUUAUUCAUUAGACCUCGAGAAUUAUUAUUCAAAUGGGCCAGGAAAUAACAUGACCAGAACAAUUGGUGCACCCCUUAUUCGUGCUUCCUUAGCUCUCUUAAAGGACAAUGAAACAGAGCAUAAAAUUUUUCUUAGCUUCAGUCAUGACACUGAUUUAGAAAUCACCUUAGAGGCCCUAGGUCUUCUUGGAAUUGCAGAUGGAGAACAAUUACCUAAUGAUCACAUACCUUUUCCCCAUACUUAUGUUCAUUCCACUAUUGUUCCACAAGGUGCUCGUAUUUAUACUGAAAAAAUAAAAUGUGAUGGUGAAAUUUAUGUGAGAUAUGUUCUCAAUGAUGCUGUUUACCCACUCCCUACCUGUUCUGAUGGACCAGGUUUUUCUUGUAAGUUAACUGACUUUGAAAAUUACGUAAAUGAUAGAUUAGAUAACCUUGAUUAUGCUACACAGUGUGGAGCUGAAGACAUUCCUAAUAAUGUUACUUUUUAUUGGGACUAUACCGAAAAGAAUUAUACAAAUAUUUCCGGUGACAAUUAG